CUACAACAAUUCCGCCCAUAAAGACGAUCGAUUUGUCAGGUCUUGACAGGUGUUACGUUGCUCAACAAGAGGUGAGGCCUCGACAUUUGUUGCGUGUUGUAAACAGAAACUUAUUUCCAGGAACAACAGCAAAUGGCAUUUCGGCCAAACCAUGAAUGCCUUUGGGUGCUCUCUGGAAAUUAAGAAAAGUUGAAUCUUAAACUUUGGGGAUAUAAACUAAUAUUCAAAGAAAUGCUUAUAUUUGUUAUCCUGCUGUGUCAUUUCACUUUGUGUGGACAAUGUGCGUGUAUGAGAAAACUCCUCCGAACAGAAACUGAUCAACACAGUAAAGUGUUUGUCGUGGACCAGGAGGCCAGCACAUUUUUGGGACGCCACCUGUUGUUCAACCGCUUUGACUUUGAGAUCUUCACCCCGGGUAAUCUGGAGAGGGAGUGUUAUGAGGAGAUAUGCAACUACGAGGAGGCUCGAGAAGUCUUUGAGAAUGUCCCUGAUACGAAUGCUUUUUGGAGUGCAUAUAGAGUGGAUAAAGAUGAAAGUUCAUCAAAAGUUGACGUAACAGCCUUGUUGGUGGGCAUCAUCUCUGCUGGAGUGUUUAUUGUUGUAGUGGGCCUCCUAAUCUGGUACUUCUGCCAGGGAAGGAAUAAAGACUAUGGCUUCAGAGGCUCUAUCAGACGUCGCUCCACCCGAAGCAAUGCCUCCGUGAUAAUCCGGAGAAUAGAGGAGGUCUCUCUUUAUCCUAUUCCUCGUACACUCUCGGAUGAUAAACCAGAUGCUCACGGUUUACCUUCUUACGAACAGGCCAUUGCCAUCACUGGACCACAUGAUGCUCCACCUCCACCAUAUCCUGGUUCGAGGCCAGCCAGCGUCCGUCGAUAACAUGAUUUUCUGGACUGCAUCAGGAUGGACUAAGCCAUUUCUUUCUUGGAUUAAAAACUGGAGAAGUAUUAAGCCCAAGGCAUUCCAUUAUUAUUGAAUUCCUUGGAAUAAACUGCUAAUAUAAAAAUGUAUGGAAUAAUAACGUGUAAUAAAUAAUUGCCUUUUUCAUUUUGUAAAUCUUUUACAUUUUUUGUUUUUAGAUACACAGCGUAACUCUUAAAAAUGAAAAACUAGUUUAUAUAUUAAUUAUUCUAGCAAUAAGAAGACUGAUUAAAAAAAUAAUAUUCAUAUUCUGGGCUUUUUAUUAAUAAAAUGUAUCAUUUAAAAUGCAAGUUCUAGUCAGUUAUAGAGAUGCAAAUGAUUGAAUGAUCAGUGAACUGUUUCAGGUCUGUUUCACAAACCCCUGUUAAUUUUUGAUCCACACUACAAAACCAAGAUUACCUCCACAUUCUAAUGUCAUCAUGACUAUCAAGUCAGGUCAAGUUGUUUGCACUAGGCCUUGUGCAUAUUGAUAAGUUAAUUCUGUUCCUUUCAUUUUAUUUUAACUGUGGUGCCAGAUGUACUGCAUGCACAUGCAGAAAGGUUGAGAGAUACUUUUACUGGCAUUUAAUAGCAAUGGGGCUGAGACUGUACAGUCACUAGCGGUUUCUGGAGGCUGAAGCAUCCCUUUGAUGUGUUUUACAAGAUAGUGCCUGAACUGGUGUUAUCAUCAUAGGAAUAUUAAUAGACCUAAUAAUAAACUUCCUUCUUUG